AUGACAACUACUCCGGCAUUUUCGCUGGUUUCAAAGAAAAAAAGAGUCAUUAAGCUAUGCUGUCUUGGAGUGCUGUUUAUAAUGCUAGCAUACGCAAUCAUCGUGAUCGAUCCGACAGAGGUUAUUGUCGAAGAUAAACUGUCCAUGUAUGAAGGUUCCUACCUCAACCGUCUAUGGAAGAAGCCGCCCCUCGAGGUCUUCAUCAGUAUUUACGUGUUCAACGUUACCAAUCCGGAGGCGUUUAUGCGUGGCGAGGAGCGGUUACGCGUACAGGAAGUGGGCCCAUACGUGUACCAGGAGUUUUUGGAACAUCGCAACUCAACCUUCAACCCGAAUGGUACGCUAAGUUUCGUGCCUGUUCGACGGCAGGUUUUCGUACCGGAGCGUUCCGUCGGGGACCCAAAGGAGGAUCGCAUCAUGAUACCAAACAUAGCACUGCUCGGUGUGUCUAGUGCCGCCUAUAGGAUGUCCGCGUUUGCCGCAUUUGCCGUGGCAGCCGCGCUAAAGCCCCUUGGUAUGGCACCAAUUUUAAACAUAACCACGCAUGAUCUUCUCUGGGGCUACGAUGAUCCGCUGGUAAGGAUCGCCUCCAGCUUUUUACCGGACAUCAUCCAUUUCCAGAAGCUUGGCAUCUUAGAUCGGAUGUUUGACGAUGGAUUCGAUACGGUAACGAUCAACUUGCCCGAAUCAGUGCGAAAUCAGCAGCAUUUAAAUGACGACAUAUCGGAUGAACUUGUGGAGAGCUUGCACGAGGAAUACUAUCAGGACGUGACUGUCCAAUCGACCAAAAAAGAACCCAUUCGAGACUAUUCGAUCGACAUGUGGAGUGGAUCUCCGGGACUAGCCCACUGGGGUUACGUAGCUAAGGAUCACUGGGAUGCCCAGAGGAGAAAUACACCUUGUAACACGCUGCAAGGAUCGUACGAUGGAUCCGUUUUUCCCCGUAACAUUUCGAAAACAGAAGUGUUUAAGGUGUAUCGGAAAGCCUUCUGCCGCACACUACCAAUAGCAUUCGAACGGGAAGGAGAUGUUGAUGGUAUCAAGGCGUAUUGGUUUUCAAUUCAGGAGAAUGCGUUCGAGAGCUCUCUAGAUGAUCCUUACACAUCGUGCUACUGUAAAAACAAUCAAUGUCUUCCGAAGGGAUUGGGCGAUUUGAGUCCCUGCUGGUACAACAUACCUGUAGCGGUAUCGCUGCCGCAUUUUUACAAGGGAGAUCCAUCGCUUUCGCAAGCGAUUGACGGGUUGAGCCCAGACAAGGCAAAACAUGACGCCGUUAUCAUUAUGCAACCGCAACUCGGCAUCCCUAUGAAAGCAAACAUUCGCGUCCAAAUCAGUCUUUUGACGAACAUAAGCUUUAACUCAGAGCUGAAGCCCUUUCACAACACUGUCAUACCACUGAUAUGGGCAGAAAUGUCGCUGGAAAAACUCACACCCGAAUUGAUACUACUGCUAAACCUGCUCUUUGGCAUUGCACCUUACCUGCAAAUGGGAUUCGUGUGCGUGCUGGCACUGCUGGGAGUGUCUUUACUUGCCACGGCGGCGCUGGUGCUGCUAUGCUCAACCGAGGCCACUACUUUCGAGUAUGAUCCGCGCAAAUCCAUACGGUACUCGACUGUUAACAUGAUCCCGUACCCUCUGCGAAAGGAGCUAGAGAAGUACGGAGAAGGUGAAAUUAUUCGCCGUGAGCCGCUUCUGAUCGAGAAUGGAGCGUAG